GUAUUUCGUACUAUCCUAUCCAUUUCACAUGAAAACAUAACAUGACAAAAAGUUCUGAAAAAGUCACCUUAAUUUACUCUCUCUCUCAAAAAAAACUAAAAAACAAUAACAACGGUUGAUGAAAAUAAGCGUUACAGAAGAAACAUGUGAAUAUAAUUGAAAGAGUUUAGAACAAGACCCAAGUUGAACUAACCGACAAAAUUUUCCAUUUCUUUUCUUUCAUCAUUUUCUCUUCCAUACAAAGUUUCACAUUUUCUCUCAACAAAAUUUUCCCGAGAAAACAAAAGAAAAGAAAAUUAAACCCUCACUUUUUUCCUUUCAUUUCUUCAUUUCACAAAAUAAAAACAUUCUCCUUCGUAAACAUGCUCAACACUGAAAUUUAAACCCUAACUUUUUCUUUUUCACCUCACUAUUAUGGAUGCGCGUCGAGCUCCACGCGCCGUCAUUGACCCUAUAGUUCGCAAGGUCGGGUUCUUCACUCCACCCGACCCUAUUCCGUUCGAAUUUUCCCCCUCCGCCAAUUCUCUCUCUCCUGUCAUGAUCCCUCCGCCGCGUCAUUCAUCGGAAAAUCACGACAUUAAUUCUCGUCCUUCCGUUACUUCUCCUUCCGGCGAUGAAACAAUUGCGGUCUCCGGUAGCUGUAAUAGUAUCUUAUCGGAGUUGUUUCCUGCUCCGAUGUUGCCGGCACAGUCUCCGAAGAUUGGAAAUGGAGAUGGAGGUGGAAUUGUGGCUUCUUCGUUUCCGAGAGGUGGAUUUGACUUGACGGUGGUGAAAGCUAGUGGUGGAGUUCCGGUGUGUAAAUUGACUACGGUUUCUGUAGUCAAUGCUGAUUCGUUUGCUAUUGAUGAAAGAGAGAAACCAAACAAAGGAGGAGGAUCCACAAUGGAGGGGAAAGACCAAGCUAUGAAUUCAAAACAGAAGAAAGAUAAGUCUUCAAAAGCUGAAAGACGCGCCCUUCAAGAAGCUCAGCGAGCUGCAAAGGCUGCUGCAAAAGCUGAAGGAAAUAAGGCAUCUGGAACUGCGACUUCAGUGAAUGUAAAAUCAGCUAAAGCUGUGAAGGCCCCACAAAAAGUUGAUAAUACUUCAGUUGGAGCUUCUGAGAAGAAGGGAGGUGAUCGUCCAUCUGAAAAGGAUAGGAAAAAAGAUGUUCCUCACCCACGCAUGCAAUAUGAUGAUAAGAGCAGAGUGGAGAAAGCUAAACGUCGUGCUGUGGUAAACCAAACUGAAGCCAGGAACAGAGUUGAACUAUUCAGACAUUUGCCACAAUACGAACAUGGGAGUCAGCUUCCUGAUCUUGAGGCAAAGUUUUUCCAGCUUGAUCCUGUACAUCCUUCAGUUUAUAAGGUGGGUUUGCAGUAUCUGUCUGGAGAUAUAUCUGGUGGAAAUGCUCGUUGUAUUGCUAUGCUUCAAGCAUUCCAGGAUGCCAUCAGAGACUACACAGUUCCAUCUGAGAAGACUCUAGUGAGAGACUUGACAGCAAAAAUAAGUAGCUAUGUUUCAUUCCUUAUUGAGUGCCGACCUCUUUCAAUCAGUAUGGGAAAUGCAAUUAGAUUUCUCAAAAGUCAAAUUGCAAAGCUACCUCUGACACUGUCUGAGUCAGAAUCAAAAUCUUCUCUUCAAUCAGAUAUUGAGAAUUUUAUAUAUGAGAAGAUUAUACUUGCUGACAAGGCGAUAGUAGAGCAUGCUGUCACAAAAAUAAGAGAUGGCGAUGUUCUUCUUACUUAUGGGUCAUCAUCAGCAGUUGAAAUGAUACUGUUACAUGCAUAUGAGUUAGGGAAACAGUUCCGAGUUGUAGUAGUAGACUCUCGUCCAAGGCUUAGAGGGAAACUUUUGCUUCGUAGACUAGUGGAGAAAGGUCUCAGUUGUACAUACACUCAUAUCAAUGCUGUUUCCUACAUAAUGCAAGAAGUUACCCGAGUUUUUUUGGGUGCUUCUUCGGUGUUGUCUAAUGGAACAGUUUAUUCGGGAGUUGGGACUGCAUGUGUUGCAAUGGUUGCUCAUUCUUUCCAUGUCCCUGUUAUAGUUUGUUGUGAAGCUUUUAAAUUUCAUGAAAGGGUUCAGCUUGAUUCAAUAUGCUCAAAUGAACUUGGUGAUCCAGAUGCCAUUUCAAAGGUUUCGGGUAGAGAGGAUGUUAACGACUUAGAUGCUUGGGCCAAUACUGAAAAUCUGCAACUUCUGAAUCUGAUCUAUGAUGCAACGCCUUCAGAUUAUGUUUCAAUGAUUGUUACAGAUUAUGGCAUGAUCCCCCCAACAAGUGUUCCUGUAGUUGUAAGGAAAUAUAGCAGAGAACAGGUGUGGAUAUAAACUCUGCAAACGUGGAUCGUCUCAAUUUUGUGUUCAUGAGAAAUCCCUGUUUAGAAACCCGGCAGCAAUAAAAUCUGUGAAUGUUGUUGUGAUGCCUUUUUGUUAUCUCUGAAUAAUGUAAUGUAAUAGGUGGACCGCUUUGUACUUCUUGAAUUUUGGGAUAUUUGUCUGUAUUUUCCUGUCACAGUGAAGAGUGCGGAUCGUCGCCUCUCCAGGCAGAUUUUGGCCAUGCA